AUGGCUUUGUUGACCAAAACAACCACACUCUUGCACAAAGCCCACCACAUGGAGAGAAUUUACAUGAACUCUCUGCUGGCUCUACUAGUACUGAUAUUAGCAGUGCAGUCUUGCAUAGUUUCCCUAGCCUUUCUAUUCUCAAACUUAACCGAUCAAUCAGCUUUGCUUGCUUGCAAAACUGCUGUCAAGUAUGACCCUAACAAUGUAUUGGGUAAUUGGACCACAAGAACCAAUUUCUGCAACUGGGCUGGAGUCUCGUGCAGCCGACGCAGACAAAGAGUCCCGGCCUUGCGGCUUCAGAGCAUGGGUCUUGCAGGCACCAUUUCUCCUCAUAUUGGAAACUUCUCAUUCCUCAGGAGGCUUGAUCUUCGAAACAACAGUUUCCAUGGUUUUGUGACGCAAAACCUUACUCUUAACAGACUUGUCGGUCGAAUACCAAAUGAGCUGACCACCUUACCAUUGCUUCGUAAUCUUUUCCUACGAAGUAACAAUCUUCCAGGUACCCUAUCACCUUCCUUUGGUAAUUUGUCAAACUUAGAAGGUGGGUGGAUUCCACCUACACUAUUAAACAUCUCCACUCUUGAAUGGGUUUUGUUAUCAAUGAACAGCCUCUUAGGAAAUCUUCCUCCCAAUACUGGGCUUUGGCUUCCCAAUCUUGAAAUACUCGAUGUACAACUGAACAAACUUAGUGGGAAAAUCCCUUUGUAUCUGUCCAAUUGCUCAAAGCUCAGUGAAUUAGCCCAGUCUUUUAACCACUUUACAGGGCCAGUACCUAGAAUUUUUGGCCACUUGGGUAUCCUUGAAAGGUUUUCUUUGGAAAACAAUAAACUAACAUUGGAACAAGGAAGCUCUUCAAUUAGUUUUCUGAUAGAUAUGACAAACUACAGCUCUUUGAUAUACCUGGUUAUAGUUGGUAAUCCAUUGGGGGGAAUCAUACCCGAAUCCAUCGGGAACCUUUCAAUGAACAAUAUUCAAGGAACUAUUCCAUUUACAUUUGGGGAAAUGAAAGGCUUGCAAAGGUUGUAUUUACUUGGUAAUGAGCUUGAAGGGUCCAUUCCUGAUAAGAUAUGUCAUUUAAGCAACUUGGGAGAAAUUUAUCUCCAAAAUAACAAGCUCUCUGGUUCGAUCCCUCACUGCACUGGAAAUCUUAGCCAUUUGCAGAGACUACUCCUAAGUUCUAAGAAAUUGAACUCAUCUAUACCAUCGAGUUUAUGGAGCCUUGAAAAUCUCUUGAAUUUAAAUUUGUCAUCCAAUCUGUUAGGCGUGAGCCUCGAUCCAAACAUUAAAGCAUUAAAAGGUUUGGAAAGCAUGGAUUUAUCUUCAAACAAUAUUUCAGGAAAGAUUCUCGAUGCUAUAGUAGCUUUUCAAAGCCUUAGUUCUCUUAAUCUGUCAAGAAAUUCAUUCUGGGGAUCCAUUCCAGAAUCAUUUGGAAAUUUGAUAACAUUGGACUCCUUGGAUUUAUCCCACAACAAUCUAUCUGGUGCUAUACCUAAGGCUCUUGAGAAACUUUCACAUCUCAAAUACUUGAAUUUGUCUUUCAAUAGAUUAUCUGGGGAAAUUCCAAGUCAAAGGCCCUUCAAGAACCUCACAGCAGAGAGUUUUAUGGAGAAUGAAGCACUCUAUGGCGCACCAACUUUACAUGUGCCACCCUGCACAACUCAUAGAAUGCAAAAAUCGAGAACAAAAUUACUUAUUGAAAUCAUUAUGCCUACCAUUGCAUUAGUGAUAAUCUUUGUUGCUCUCUUCUUCAUUUGGAAAGUCUAUCAAGGAAACAAUAUGGAGAAGUUGAAUUCAAUUGGGUUAUUGCCUGUAGUUGAGCAUAAGAUGUUUUCAUACCAAGAGCUUUCUAGAGCUACAAACAACUUUUGUGAAGCCAACUUGCUCAGUGUAGGGAGUUAUAGUUCCAUAUACAAAUGA